UUCCACCAUUCAUAUUCCAAUUCCAUUAGUUCUGUUAUUGAUGCGUACAAAUCACCAUGCCAAGGGGACAUAUUAGUUGUCGCUGAUUUGGAUGUAUCUAGACGCAUUUCGUGUAUAGAUACAUCCAUAUCUGCGACAACUAGUAUGAAACGGAGGGAGUAACAUCUGGACUGUAACGUGCCGUUUUGAAGCGAAACUGUGGAUUCCGAAUCUUGCUCCAGAGUUGACCCUUUCUAGUAAUGCCAAAAUAUAGUUAGAUAUCUUUAAUUAUGUGAGAAUGAAGGUUUUGCCAUUUAUCGGUUUCCUUGCUCAGCGUACCACUUACCAGGUUACCAUUUUGGGUGGUUCUGGUGGGUACUCCACCAACAUGUUAUGUCAGGUUGUCACUGACAAACUAUAGAGUUCACUAGUAUUACUAAUAUCUGAGGCCGAAUAGGGUACUCUUUUGUUCUUGGUUGCCAGCGAAGCUUUUCUCUAUCAUGGAGUUAUUUUAAUCUCCCCCUCUGUUAACCAAAUACUGAACGGCAUUAAUGUUUGGGAAUAUGAAGAGAUUUUUUUGGCAUAAUAUCAGCAGUCUGUUUUUAGCUAUGUUCACUGUCUACGUAUAGCUUACCUAUCAACUUUUUUUCCUUGUGUAAGAUGUGGUGUUUGAAUAUUUAAGUACGGAGUAUGUUUUUUACGGGCGCAUUUAAUUGAUUCUGGUAUGAAUAACUGCAUUCAACUGAAGUAGCUAUGAUGUUUGUUAUGCUAUGCCCAAAGGAAUUUAAUAUCCUAUCCUCUGCAUAUGAGACCAAAGAAAGGUAACUUUUUUUUUGCAUAGUCGUUUUCUUGUUAAUGGAGUGCCCUUACUACGAUAUGUUUCCUGGGAAAAAAUCCCCUCUGCUGGUGGCCUCUGACAAGAUUCGUCAUAUCUUGUUCAGAAAUAGUAAUAGGCCAGUACAACUUAAUGUUUAUGGAAUGAAAUUAACAUGGUUAUGGUUGAUCUCCAUCAAUUUCUGGAUAGCUGGUGAUCAAUUAUUAUUUGAUAAUAUGCAUUAGAUUGCACGUAUUAUGUACAGGUAGCCUUUUCUGUACCUUACAGCUGCGGCAUACAAUGCCCUUUGAUUCAAUGAGCCUAAUGGCUGAUGCACACUUGUGGAGAGUGAGCAAUGAAGCAUAUGUAUGGUUCAAUCCUGAGAUGUUGUUAUGGUUGUGGACAAUGAGGUACUAAGCGUGGUUCAAUCCAUGUUGACCUUGUUUACAGUGAUUGACAUAGCAUGGCCAAGUAGAGCAAAACUGGUUCCUAGCAUAGCUGAGCCGAGGAAAAGUCAAGGUACAAACUACCAUUUUUCUUCUAUCUUCCUGCAUUCGCACAGUACUAUUUUCUUGCCUUCUGAUUUCUGUAUUAAAAUAUGCCUUUACCUGUUGUAUUUCUGCAUAAGAUAAUAUGCUGUGGACACAAAACUGUUCUCCUAGAUGAAGCAAAAAACUUGUGUCUUGAUUGGCUCGGUGUACUUGCAUUUAUUUCGUCAGUAAAAACACAUUCGGACACGUAGUAAAUUUUAGCGCGUCUGCUGAAGCAGCCUAGAUAUUUUUUUUUAAUUAUAAAGAGAUCGUAAUAUGCCCAUUUUUGGCAAGUUCUCCCUUAAUUUUACUCGAGAUACUUGAAUAAGAAUAAUAAAGUUGAGCAUUAAGGGUUGCAGGUGAAAUAGCCCUUUCAGGCGCAUAUCAUAUCACCAGGAACAGGAAUCUCUGUUGUAAAAUGAACAUAUUUUUACAGUCAAUUGUGUAAACUUACAUGGAAGGAAAGAAUAUAAGAAAAACCAAAACAACCAUAACACAUCGCAUUUCCCUUACCUAAUGUCGAGAUGGAAGCUUGUGCUGUACUUGGUCUAGUUGUGCAAAAAAAGGUACCGCCCCCAUAUAUGCUACGUAGUCCCAAUAGGAUAUGUAGUGCAUGCAUGUAGGUGGAGCUUGCACAAUGCUGGUGAAGCUAUGUGGACUUUGACGGCCACCUCAGAUGUUUCCUUGGUACUGUAUGGUCAGUCAAGUGCUGUGUUGAUGUCUUGCUCAUUCAGUCUUCUCUGAGUGAGAAAGUGAGUUUUUUUUUUUUGCUGAACCUUCUUAAUUGUUUAUAAUGAAUUGCGUGCGUAAUUACAUACAUGUUAUAUAGUCUGUUGAACCAUUCUAGAGUUUGUCUUGCUGUUAUAUAGUCCAUUCCACAGCAUGGCUACAUUUUUUUGGUGAUCAUAUCAUUGGUUGGUAUACUGUGCAUAUAGUUCGUUUGACUUUGGUUACUGGAUGGCUGGACCCUUCAUUGUUGCUGCAGGAGGAAUAUCAAACAUAUUUCUCUGCAAGCUGGCAGAAAAUAUUCAGGAUAAAUAUGGUGAGGCAGCAAUCUUUGCUGAACAGGCAAUCUUAUACAUUAGGACUUUGCAUUCCUCCACAAACAAGACCCUGGGAAAAAUAUUCUUAUGAGACUUCACUGCAAGCAUGCAGCUCUGCGCUAUGGAUUCUGAUAAGUCUGUUGGAUGGUCUUGGUCUCGGAUAUACAUAUGUGCUUGCCAUAUGCUCUUGUGCCUUGCAACUUUUGGGUCGGCAGAUGAAGUGCUUUCGGAUGGAGAGGAUAUGAAGAACUUGAAGCUAGAGUGUUUCAGAAGCCUAAUAGGAGUUGUGGGUUGUGUCCCAGGAACCAGCAUGGCAGCAUUGUUGGGCUUGAGCAUUCAGGAAAAUAUAGCAUAUGGAAGAUCUGCUACAACCUACCAGAUUGAGUACGCAGCCGACAUAGCUCAUGCACAUACUUCAAUCAGUUCACUAGGAAAAGGGUUGACUGUGCUGGGCUGGGCGUUCGGAGGAACACAAGAUAAAGCUCUCCGUUCCUCACCAUCAAUUCUUUACUGGAUGAGGUUACUGGUGCUCUUUAUUUUUGAGGCUGAGAAAGCUGUUCAGGAAGCAUUGUGGCUUAGCGUGCAGGUGGAAACAGAUGUCCGUGUGAGUCUGUUUGUCCGCGUCCGGCUAAACGGCAUUGCGGACGGGCAGCACGAUAUUGGACUGACGGACACUACCCGCUCAGCCUCCUAAGCCCAUGUAUCCUGCUAAGGUAAAAAUGUCGGCAGCUCAUAUAGCAAAGAAACAGAUGGCACGCCGCCACCCUGCGCCCAGGCCGUGACCUUCCUCCACCUGCUCAUCGUUGACCAGUGCCUCCCCUCUACACCUCCGCCAUCCCAGCUCUCUUGCCGACGCUGCGUGCAAAGAAAUCAGGGCGUGACGGUGGAGGAGGAGAAGAAUCUGGUGGUGGUGGGGAAGAAUGGGGAUCUUGCAGAUCAUGCACUGGAGUAGUAGUUAGCAAAUGUUGAACUGGGUCAUGAUUCUGCAAGCAACACCUGCAGUUAUGCGUGCUAUUGCCAUCUAGUGGUGUGGCAGGAUGAUUCUAGUUCGUGUUGUGAUGCCUGUGUUAUCAUCUGGUUGUGUCUGAUGUUACCCUCUUGUUAUCACCAGCAAUGAAAAGAGUUGUAUGUCAGAUCUUAGUUUUGUGCUCUUCACGUUUAAUAGUGCACCAGCAUGAUGUUGCUCGAGAUUUCCAUUCAUGUUUGAUUUAGCUUA